CCCGCCCACUUGCGCGGCAGGCACGCGUACGCCUUGGUUUCUGCCUCGCGUUGCCGCGGGGGAGGGGGCGGGCUGUGAUAAAGCUUGGGCGUUGUGUUGCUAAGCAACCCGGUCCGAACCGUGGCGACCAGAGCAGAACUACAAGAUAUUACAAAAUAUGCUGUCAAUUGUCCCUGUCAAUGGAGCAUCAUUAUUCUCUUUUGAAGACAAGUAGUUCAUCAAUGACUUCAGUUCACAGUUCUAAAAACAACUACAAGGGCAGUUCCUCCAAACAAGAUACUUUAGCUGUUACUGCAGUUGCUUUACAAGAUCAUAUUUUACAUAACCUACAGCUCCAGGAUCUUUCAUUAGCAGAUCCUUUUAAAUCAAAGUUAACGAAUAAAAAGAACAUUCACAAACCUGUGAACAAAGAGAUGGUCAGAGCACUAGUAUAUACUGGACUAAGAAAAAAGAGCAUUCUCCACACAAAAAAGGAAGAUCCAGAAAAAGAAUAUGUCCUUGAUCCUAAUCCUCCACAACUAACGUUAGCUCAGAAACUGGGCUUAGUUGAGCCUCCUUCCUUGCCACUAACAGCAGAAGAAUGGGAUAAAGUAAAGCAAAGAUCUAUAAAACAGGGAGAUUCUGUGCAACCUUGUGCAAUAUGUAGGGAAGAAUUUGCACUUCAACCACAGGUGCUGCUUUCAUGUUCCCAUGUAUUUCACAGAGCAUGCCUGAAAGCUUUUGAAAAGUUUGCAGGUAAAAAGACCUGUCCUUUGUGUAGAAAGAAGCAGUAUCAGACCAGAGUAAUACAUGAUGGGGCGCGUCUGUUUAAAAUAAAGUGUAUUACGAGAAUCCAAGCUUGCUGGAGAGGGUAUGUUGUUAGAAAAUGGUAUAAAAAUUUGAGAAAAACAGUACCUCCACAAGAUAGCAAAUUAAGAAAAAAAUUCUUUGAAGCAAAGUUUCAGGAGAUCAGCAAUCGGUUAUUGAGUUCUUACGACACAAACAUAGAUGAGUUUUUUUCUGAAAUUGAUUCUUCUAUAGCUGCAAGUCGAAAUGUGCUUCAACAGUUGGAGGAAAAAUUUGCCCCGUUAAUAAGCGAAACGGAAUGGGAGAAAAUACAGAUGCAGGCAUUUCGGCAAGAGAUAUUUGACUGCCCUAUUUGCAUUAUGCCACUCUGUCAUAUCACUCAUCCUCCAAGUGUCUUUUCUGAGAACAGCAAUAAUCAGUAUUCACGCCAGACUGUUCUACUCUCUUGUUCACAUAUGUUUCAUCAAACUUGUCUUCAAGCAUUUGAAGAGUUUUCCUUGGGAGAAAGACUUGUUUGUCCCUUAUGUCGCUCUUGUUAUCAAAAGAAAAUUCUGGAAUGUUGAUAUAAACAUGUAAACAGUCCAAAAUGAGCUGCAUAAUCGAAUUUUUAAUUGGUUUAAUGAUAACCUCACAGAUUAGAUCCUUGUCAGAUCCAGUGUGAGAAAAAACACUUCUGUGUGGAUGCUGAUGCUCAUAUUAUAGAAGUAAAAGUUAAAUGGGCAUUGUGCUACCAUU